UUUAAACCGAAUCUAGACACUUGAUUUGCUGAUCCUUGUUCUGUGAGUUCAAAUUAUCCUAGUGCAUCCCAGAGGCAAAGGCCCCGAAGACAGGUUUUUGUUUUUCAGAGAAACAUACAAAUUACCUUAAGUAUAAGCAUGUUUCAGAUAUUAGAUGGUCUAGAUUCAUCCAUUCAUGGGUCAAAUCCCGAUCUUGAGAAGAUCUCGUGCCGGCUUGUUGCAUACAUAGUAUGCAUUUGGAUUAACACGGUGGUUGAGCUAUUGGGACAGAAAAGGUAGGAGGGAAAGGGGACAGAGCAACAGCAGCACCAAUGCAUCGUGGUUCAUGGACCAAGAGCCGUGCCGUGCUCUGGCUGUGCGGCUGCAGGCGACCGCGCGCGAGCAGGGGAGGGGAGGUCAUGCCUGCAAACCGCACGACGCGGCGCUGCUACUGCUAGAGCGAACAUAGUAAUUACAAGAGGAGCCAUCUGCUCGUUGCUCGCUCCUAGGAGAAUCUGUUUUCCCAGGAGUAUACCACUAACGCUAAAUGGAAGAUCUUGUCCAAAAAGAAGUUGACGCCCUGCGGAAGAUAUUGACUGAUACAAGUGGGGAGCCAAUCAAACUAUCAUAUGCAACUAUAGAUAACCUUGUAGGAGAUUUCUCUGAUGAAGACUGUGUGAUUGGUCGUGGUGGAUUUGGGGUGGUCUACAUGGGAACUCUUUGGGAUGCUGGUUCUCCAAUGAAGGUUGCUAUCAAGAAGCUUAAUUCGACAUCGCCUAGUUUUGACGACGAACAAUUUGUUAAGGAGGUUCGAUGCUUGAAAAUGGCAAAGCACAAAAAUAUAGUUCAAUUUCUAGGAUAUUGCGCAGAUACAGCUAACGAAGUAAUGGAGCUCCCCGAUGGAAAACAUGUUUUGGUAGAAGCACUACGGCAACGGUUGCUCUGCUUCAAGUAUGCACCUAAUGGAAGCCUUGACCAUUUUAUUAACAAAGGGAAUUUUCAUGCGAUGGAUUGGACUACACGCUAUCGAAUAAUUAAAGGCAUCUGUCAGGGUUUGCAAUAUCUUCACGAAAACCGUAUUAAUCAUUUAGAUCUUAAACCUGAAAAUGUGCUGCUGGACAUUGACAUGGAGCCUAAAAUUACAGACUUUGGUCUGUCAAGGUGCUUUGAUGAAAAACAGAGUAGAAUUCAAACUAAUAACAUUUGUGGAACACCGGGAUAUAUUGCACCAGAAAUUAUAGAUUGUGGAGACGUAUCGUACAAGUCAGAUAUAUACAGUCUGGGUGUCAUAAUAUCAAAACUAUCAACUGGAUGUAGCAUGCCUGGCGCUAACUAUUCGAAUAUAUCACAUGAACACUUGCAACAUAUGAUGAAACGUGUUGACGAAUUAGCUAAAAGUUGUGGGGAUGAUGACCAACAUAAAAGACCUAAUAUUAACGAGUUACUUUGUAAGCUGGAUGAGAUAGAAUCUGAGAUUGAAAUGGUGAUUCGAGUGAAUGGAACUUCAAUAGACCAGGAGCCUCUUCAUGUCCACCCCCGCAAACUCGUCUGGCCCUUGGCGGCAAACAAUAGCAUGCCUUUCCCACUGCAUCUGACCAACAAGAGCACAGAUGAUCAUUUUGCUUUUAUGUUUCUGGAUUUCGGCGGGGUUGCGUCCUCCUGCUCCAUACUAGGUAACAAAGGAGUCAUUCCACCCCAAUCAACGUGGGGAAUCGUCCUACACUUGCAACUACAAGCAGGGGAGCCGGCAGUAUCGGAGAAGCAGGGCAAGGAAAUGGUCAUCGUGCGGAGCACCGUUGUGGAAAAGGGCUUCCGUAGUAACGAUAUCACUGUGGACAUGUUCAAGAGACACCUUAGUGUGCAGGAUAGAGUUGGAAGUUAUUUUUGUGGAACCACCCCAAUCACAACCCCUCCAACUAUAUGAAUUUGAUCAUAAGCUGCAGUUGGAUGCAAACGAGGGAACAAGCCAUGGAACCACACAGACAUGCCCUGAUGAGUCCAUUAUGACUGAGCUGUUAGACAUCUACCCCUUCGUGGUCGGAUACCCGCCCAAACCAGAGAAGUUCUGUACGCGCACAAUACACCUAACCAAUACGACGGAGGAUACAGUUCAGUUUUGGAUGGUGCCUUCUGCCAAUGCCAGGUACUACAAAAAUGAGGGUGGCACGGGGUCGCAACGAUCCAAAAAGGUACCUGACCGUCAGCUUGGCUUUGUGCCGCCACAAUCUACAUAUGCUGUCUCUUGGCUCUUGUUGGACGAAAAAUGUAAGCCGACAAAUACGGAGUCAUUUGAAAUCCUGAUGGUGACUAGAACCGACGUGGGCCAUCUCUCAGGAAUUAAAGGCUAUCCAGGGGACUUUGAUGAACAAGUGUUCAACGCAGCCAGAGACAAGGGAGGCAAGUCGCACCGAGCCUGCUUAUUUGUUGACAACAAUAGUGGCCCGGACAAGAAUUAUCAUAGAUAUGAACGUGCCUUAUUCACGAAAUAUUUCGGGAAAAUUAUAUCCAUGGACGUGCAUCCUACAAUGCCACUGGUUUUGACGGGCCAUCAGAAGUUUGUUUGCAUUUGGAGAACUGAGAAGCAGCAGGAUCAUGUUACGGAGCACGCUCGCGGUUUGAAGGAUGCUAUGGAUUUUGUGGUUAAGUUCAUCGCAAGAAUGCAAUGGGUUCUAUCAGGGGAUAAAACUGGGAAAGUUAACGUGUACACAACAGAGUUGAAAUUACUCCAUACAUUCACUGCUCACAGUGAUCAAGUGAUAUCAAUUGCGGUUCACCCAAGUCAUCCUUAUGUGUUGACUUCAUCUGAUGACCUCCUGAUCAAGCUAUGGAACUGGGAUAAUGCCUGGACGUGCACUCGAGAAUUCCAAGGGCACUUGAAUCCUGCUACGCAAGUGGUCUUUAACCCGAAUGAUAAUGCCGACAGUUUUGCUAGUUGUUCUCGUCCUUCGUCCCGCAAUGGCCCUGGAAACGUUAAGAUCUGGAGGAUUGAUUCCACCAAUCCUGAAACUGACUUGUAUGGCGGAUUCAGAGCUAUUGAUUGGAGUGCACCAGUCAAAAAUGGCCAGUAUUUGGUUGCCGUUGUGGACCAUGGAUAUACAGAGAUUUGGGAUAUGGAGAAACAGAGAUGCGUUCACAAUAUUAUAUGUGGCAUAAACACGCAAGUGGCUUGUCACCCGACGCUUCCAAUCGUAGUUACGGGCGAGGAAAAGGGGAUUACUCGUAUCAUUAACCUCAAUACGUUCAGGGUGGAGUACAUUAUUCCAGCAGUUGGCAAUGACCCAUUGAUUGCUUUGGGAUUCAGCGACAUAGCAGGCUACAAAAGCGUGAUGAUCGGACGUAAGAAUAUGGUGUCACACGUGGUAAUUGAUUUGGAAACAUUAGCAAGUCCACAUAGGCCACGCUUCUGGCACGAUAACAAUGCCAAACAGAGCGAGAAGAUAUGCAAGAUUGACCCUUCCAAACUAUCUGAAGACUCCCUCCUCACCGAGAACAAGGAAAGCAAUAAAGCUGUAGGUGACAGAUCAGCGUCCACAAAGGCAAUCUUCUUUUCAAAAUGUAGAUCGUUUUGUCUUUUCUAAUGGAUAUAUAGAUUUUACUAUACACCAAAAUAUAGGAUUAUGUCUAGAUACAUAGUAAAAUCUAUGUACCUAGAAAAGGUAAAACGACCUACAUUUUGAAAAUGUAACGGAAGGAGUAGUUUAGCUAUUGUUGAAACUUCAGAAAUAACACCAACUCCAUAAUAAACCUAGCUAUACGGAAUCGAUACAUAGGUCAGUUCUGCAGGAAGUGAUUGUACUGUCUCGUAUAUAGUCGUCAGCAUCUUACUUCUAACUAGGUAGUCAUGUCCUGUAGUUUGAAGCUCAUUUGAAGCACUGGAAGAAAUAUUAGAAAAAUAUCAAUUAUAUGUAUUCAUUUCCA